ACAAAAGUGUACGCCGCUGAACGCCCUUUGUCGUGGGCGUGUCGUUAUCGACGUCAUUGCUUGUAGCGCGCAACAUAAAGGAGGUGCAAGUAGGGGCUUGGUCAUCGCAGCUGCACGGGCGCAACUCACCUCCAAACAUCGCACCGAGCUGACUAGAUCCAAAAGUCAACUUCCGCGUAGCAUUGGCCAGAGGAGCUUCAAGAUGAUCCAUCAACGCAAAGAAUUCUUCUUUCUUCUUUUGCUUUGUUUCCCUUUGAGCCGUGGGCAGUCUGAGUGUCCAACGGGCUGGCUGGAGCACAGGGGCAAGUGUUACUACUUCUCCAGCGACACCAAGACAUGGAAGGAGGCAAAUGCCUUCUGUUUGUCACAUGACAGCAAGCUGACGAGCAUUUUGGAUGCCGACGAGAAGGACUGGCUGAGGACAACAUUCAGACAGGGCAAGGCUUGGCUGGGCCUGACGGACGAGCACACGGAGGGAGUGUGGAGUUGGACUGAUGAAAGUCUCUUCAUCGAAUCGAUGGCGUGA